AUGGAAGGAGGAAGAUGGACGGUUGACCUGGUCAGGCUGUCUCCCGCAUCCCUCCCCACAACCUCUGAGCAUUCCCUCCCAGGACCCUUGGAGAAAUCUGGUGAGUUCCAGGGGAGAGGAGAUGGGGACAGGGAUAGAUGGAAGGUGGAGGGAGAAAGAGGAAAAGAUGGAGAGGAGACAAAUGGAAGGAAGUUCCUGACAGGAAGAAGGAAGGGGUGAGGCCUUCUCCGAAGCAGCUCUUUGUAUCUUGAAUCCCUUUCAUAAAGUAGUGGGGGCAGAUUUUCUCCCUCCAGGAUUUUAAAUCUUAGGAGUUACAGUGGUACCUCGGUUCUCAAAUUUAAUCGGUUCUGGAAGUCUUCCAAAACCAAAGCGUUCCAAAACCAAGGUGUGCUGUCCCGUAGAAAGGAAUGCAAAAUGGAUUAAUCCAUUCCAGACUUUUAAAAACAACCCCUAAAACAGCAAUUUAACAUGAAUUUUACUAUCAAACAAGACCAUUGAUCUGUAAAAUGAAAGCAAUAAUCAAUGUCCUGUACCAUAAAAUAUUUAAGACAGUAUUGUAUAUGAUAAAAAUUAAAAUUAUUAUUUUUUCGUACCUGCAUUGAUGAUAGUCAAUGUUUGAAUGGGGAGCUUAUAUCCCUUUCCACAGUCUAUCAAUCAAUCAUAAAACAAAAAACUAAGCCUCAGUCAAAAAUGAAAAAGCCACACAAACAAGAAUGCAAAAAAUAGGAAAAAACUAAAGCUGCAAAUGUCCCCUCAGAACACUGCAACCAGUAACAGCUUGAAUAUUGAUUGGGGGGGGGCCUUAAAUUAGCUGUCCAAGGGAACGAAUGGGAUGAAAAAAACCUUGAUUACGAUGGAGACGACUUAAAUUAGCUGCUCAAGGCUAAAACGGAAUGAAAAAAAGCCUUAAUUAGGAUGGGGGGCACUUAAAUUUGCUGUGCAACAGUAAAAAUGGAGCUCAGGAGCACGUUCGGUUUCCGCGGCAAACUUCAAAAACAGGAACACCUAUUUCUGGGUUUGCAAAUGAUGAAUCAACAGAAGCAUAGUCAAUCUAUGGGCUUCCCCUUUUUUUGAAAUAUUUUUAUUGGUUUUUACAAAUACAAGUUUACAUCAAAAACAUUUGAAAUAAUGUUUUUAUAGCAUUUUAAAUGACAGAUCCCGAGGUUUUUGCAAACCAGAGGAUCGCUUCUGCACACGCACACAGCGCAAUAGAGUGCUUCUACGCGUGCGAGUGGCGAAACCCGGAAAAAUACCAGAGGGUUACGUAACACGAGGUACCACUGUAUAGAUACAUUCUCCACAGUUCUCAUUUAUCUAAAGUGUCCAUAAACUUAUUUACAAGUGAUUCCUAAAGUCCAGCUAACGUUUUGAUUUGCGUGCAGCAAUCUCAUAGGUAAAUUAUAAAAUUUCCCCAUUCUUUUUUAAAGUCCUUGUUUUCUUGAUUCCUGAGUCUCAUGGCUAAUUUUGCCAUUUCGGCAGAGUCCAGCAGUUUAGCUCACGAUUCUUCCCUAGUUCGGAUUAUUGCAUCUUCCCAUCUUUGAGAUAAUAACAUCUGUGCAGCUGUUGUCGCAUACAUAGUCUUUCCUGGUCUUUUGGGAUUUCAGUACCUGUAAUUCCAAAUAAAUAAACUUCUGGUUUCUUAACAAAAUUUAUUUUAAACAUUUUUUUCCAAUUCAUUAUAUACCAUUUCCCAAAAUGAUACUGUUAUUUUACAUAACCACCACAUAUAGGAAAAGGUACCCACUUCUUCUUUGAAGUGACCUGUUCAUCCUUUGUAUGCCAUUCUAGGAGCAAGUUAUACAUUUUAGACAGAUUUUUUUUAUGUUACUUCCUAAGAGUUCUUUUUGAAAUUGUGAUCUCAUAACUAAAACCUUUUUUAUUUUUUUAUUUUUUUAAAAAAAUUAUUGUUAAAAUAGGUCAUCAUUAAUCCACAUAUAUUACAGAUAUACAAGCAUACAAACAUACAUUUCAUACAAUCCUUAAAAGUGUUCAAACAUACUUACACUCAAUCCCACAAAUAAUUCCUUUUCCCAUCACCAUCCACCACCCCUCACCCCACCUUUGUGUUAGACUUCCAAUCUACUCAAUUGCAAUUUCUUUCCACUUCUAUUACUUUCUUUCACACACCUUUAGCCUAAUUUCAUAGAAUCAUAGAAUAGAAUCAUACAGUUGGAAUAGACCACAAGGGCCAUCGAGUCCAACCCCCUGCCAAGCAGGAAACACCAUCAGAGCACUCCUGACAUAUGGUUGUCAAGCCUCUGCUUAAAGACUUUAGCUUUGAGGUUCUAAAUCUUGGAUCUCUUCACAGGUAUACACAUCCCUGACAUAUAACGCCACUCCUCCUCCUUUCUUGUCUGGUCUGUUUCUCUGAAAUAGAUUGUAUCCCUCCAUUAUUACAUUCCAAUCGUGGAACUUAUCCCACCAGGUUUCAGUGAUGCCUAUUAUGUCAAUAUUUAGCUUGCUGUACCAAGAGCUCAAGCUCAUCUUGUUUAUUUCCCAUGCUUUGCGCAUUAGUGUACAGACAUUGAAGUCCAUUAAUCAUUCCCCCGUGUCUCUUAUUUAAGUAUUUUUCCUCCCACCACUAGGUCUGCGUGCUGUUUGCUCCAUUUGGUCUAUGACAUUUGGAUGAUCAUCUUCAUCAAUUGAUAGACUCCCACCUUCAGGAGCACUGUCUCCCUCCCCCACAUUAGUCAGUUUAAAGCCCUCCUGAUGAGGUUUCUGAGAUUUUUGGCAAAAACAUUCCUCCCAGCCGUUGUGAGGUGCAGCCCAUCGCUUGCCAGAAGUCCAUCUUCAAGAAACUGCAGUCCGUGAUCUAAGAAUCCAAACCGUUGCUGUUUACACCAUUUGCGAAGCCAGCUGUUCACUUCCACUAUUUUCCCUCUCUCCCUGGGCCACGUCGUUCAACUGGGAGGACAGAUGAGAUGACAAUUUGUGCAUUUAAUUGCUUCAAUUUCCUGCCCAGAGCCUCGUAGUCUCUUUUGAUCUUCUGGAGGCUAUUGCUUGCAGUGUCAUUGGUUCCCACAUGAACCAAGAGGAAGGGGUAUUUGUCAGUGGGUUUUAUGAUUCCUUGCAGUCGUUCAGUUACAUCUUGGAUCUUAGCCCCGGGGAGACAGCACACCUCCCGAGACAUCUUGUCAGGUCCACAGAUCACUGCUUCUGUUCCCCUCAGUAGGGAAUCCCCUAUCACCACUACACGCCUCCUCUUAGGUUUGGUCGGGGUUCUUCCGUGAGCUGUCCAUUCCAAGGUCGCCUGCACAUUCCUUGAGGACUGACUUUGCUGCUCGUCUUCAUAUACCUGAUCGACUGUAAUGAGGAGAGAUCCUCAAAUGGAGUCUGUUCUUCGUCUUCCAUGCUAGGGGAGAGGACUUCAAAGCGAUUGUGUAUUUCUAAACAAUCAGAGCGAACCCUGGGCCUCCUACUUCUUUGAGUCACGUUUCUCCAUAUAUCUGGCACCUGUGUUGGUGAACUAGCCUCCUUCUCAGGGGUGUCCCCUGUCUCCUCCUUGGUGGAGACGGUGUUCUCUGUUGCUUCCAAGAAGAGCUCCAGCUCUCUAAUUCUUUGGAGCGUAGCUACACGUUCCUCCAGUUGCUGGACUUUGUCUUCUAAGAGGGCUAUCAACAUACAAUUGCUGCAGGUAAAGCUGCCUGCAACCUUUGGCAAGAUGGCAAACAUUACGCAGGAACUUCUUUUUCUAUUACACAUUGUUAUCCAUCUUAUUUAGUAUUUCAGUGUUUGAAACUGAACUUGUUUAUUCCAAUAGGAGUUCUGAUUUUUCGAUAUGGUUUUGCAAGUAUCUUUUAAACACCUUCCAGUCCCUAUCUACUCUUUUGAGAUCCUUCCAAUUUCUCCCAUUGUUUUGGAUAUAUUGUAGGACUCCAAUAAUUUGGCAAGCCACUCUAUUUUUGUCAGUACAAUACCACUUUUCCAGUUUUUCGCACUCAAUAGCCUUGCGGCUACUGUUGCGUAUAAAUAUAAGGUCUUGUCUUCUUCCUUUAGGCUUCCUGGUACUAUUCCCAAUAGAAAAUCUUCUGGUGUUUUCCUAAAUGAAUAUCUAAACAUUUUUUUUUCAUUUCAGUAUAUAUUAUUUCCCAAAAUUGUUUGAUGUUUAAAUAAUUCCACUAUAUAUGUAUCAUAGUACCUUUUCCAGUGUUGCAUCGCCAACAGACAUCGCUACAAUUUUUAUUCGUUUUUGUUAUAAAAAUUGAUUUUAAUUAAUUUUUAUAAUGAAAUGUUUUUAGAAUGUUUUUAGAAUUUGACUGUUUGACUAUUUGACUGUUGUUAGCCGCCCUGAGCCCGGCUUCGGCUGGGGAGGGCGGGAUGUAAAUAAAAUUUAUUAUUAUUAUUAUUAUUAUUAUUAUUAUUAUUAUUUCAGGUGUUAAAUACCAUCUAUGUUGUACUUUGAGGUAAUUUUCUUUCAGUAUAUAACACAUCGUGAAUUUCAUAUCUUCUUUCCACAAUUUUUCCCAUUGUUCAAACAUAAUAUUUUCCCCAAUAUCUUGCGCCCAUUUAAUCAUUGAUGCUUUAACCAAUUCAUCCUUUGUUUCCCACUCUAAGGUCAGAUUAUACAAUUUAGAUAUAUUUGAUUUUUCUGGUAUUAAAUAUUUAUCAAAUUUUGAUAUUUCUUUUUCAAAUCCUAGCUUUUUGUCUUUCGCUAAUCUAUACUUAAUUUGAAUAUAUUGGAACCAAUCACUAAUAUGAGCUUUAAUUUCUGUAUAAUCCUUUAAUUCCAAUUCUCCGUUUUCUUCCUUUAAUACAGUUUUAUAGGUAACCCAAUUUUAUUUCAUAUUUAAUUUUUUCACUGCGACAAUUUCUGCCGGCGAUGCCCACCAGGGAGUUUUCGGUUUUAGGAGUCUUUUAUAUUUCUCCCAUAUUUUAUAUACAGUGGUGCCCCGCAAGACGAAAAUAAUCCGUUCUGCGGGAGCCUUCGUCUUGCAGGGAUUUUCGUCUUGCGGAGCUCCGCUAUCAGCCGAUCAGCUGAUAAGCGGUAAAACAGCUGAUAAGCGGCUUUUAGCGGCUUUUAGCGCUUAGGGGAUUAGCGGAUAAGCGGCAAUUUAGAGAUAAGGAGCUUAGCGCCUUUCAGAAAAGGCAAAAAAAAAAGGAGACCACGGAAAAAAAUUCGUUUUGCGAGUAAGCCCCAUAGAAAAAAACGUCUUGCGAAGCAGAAAAAUGCCGGAAAGCCCUUUCGUCUUGCGCGUUUUUCGUUUAGCGGGGCAUUCGUCUAGCGGGGUACCACUGUAUAGACUUUCUGACUAUAUGCCCUAGGAAGCCUUUAUGUACUUUGACUUUUUCAUCUAUUAGAUAGGCAUGCCAUCCAAAUCUCGUCUCUACUCUGUCUAAAUCCAAUACAUCCGAGUCAUCUAAUUUGAUCCAUUCUUUUAGCCAGGUCAGACCCACCGCAUCAUGAUAUAACUCCAUGUCUGGGAGACCAAAUCCUCCUCUCUCCUUCUUAUCUAUCAUUAUUUUGUGUUUUAUUCUUGGCUUUUCCCCUGACCAUACGAAUUUAGCCAAAUCUCUUUUCCAGUCAUUAAAACAUUUAUCUCCUCCUAGUAUUGAGAUACUUUGAAAUAAAAACAUCAUCCUUGGUAAUAUGUUCAUCUUUAUUACCGAUAUUUUCCCUAGUAAGGAAAGAUUUAAUUUCCCCCAUACUUGCAAGUCAUUUUUUAUUUCAUUCCAUGUUUUCCCAUAGUUCUCAUUACUUAAGUCUAUAGUGUUUGUUGUUGAAUUUACUCCAAGAUACCUUAUUUUCUUUUUAAUUUCCAAUCCUGUAAUUUCUUGUACUUUAUCUUUUUCUUCCAUAUAUUUCAGUAGUAUUUUGCUUUUCCCGUAGUUUAAUUUGUAUCCUGCUACUCUGCCAUGUUCGUUUAUGCAUUCCAAUAUUCUAGGUGUACAUUGUAGGGGAUUUUCUGUUGUGAUCAUAACAUCAUCUGCAAAGGCUCUUAACUUGUAUCUUUUUUCACCAACUGCUAUUCCUCUUAUUUGGUUGUCCUGCCUUAUUUUCUUUAAUAGAACCUCUAAUACUAUUGUAAAUAGCAUUGGGGAUAGGGGGGCAUCCUUGUCUUGUACCUUUAGAUGUUGAUGUCUUCUCCAAACUCUCCAUUAAUAAUAAUUUUUGCUUUCUGUUGGUCACAUAUUGCAUUUAUACCUUUUUGGAAUUUUUCACCUAGACACAAUUCUUUUAAUAGUUUUUUCAUGUCUAUCUUAAAGAUAUUGUUUAGUUGAUGGUACUGUAACCAGUCAGUUACAGCUUCUCUUAUCUCUUCAAAAUCUUUUUAUUUCAGUUGGUUUUCAACUUCAGUUAAGAGUUCUCUAUAAGUCGGCCAAUUACUUCUCAUAUUCAAUUUUUUUCAGAGAUAUUGCUUCCAAGGGGGAAAGCCACCAGUGUGUUUUUUACUCAAACAAAUUUUUAUACUUCUCCCAUACCCUAAAAAUUGAUUUUCUUACUGUAUGAUUCUGAGAAGCUCUAUGCACCUAGGUCUUUUCCUACCAUAAAUAUCCAUGCUAUCCAUAACUCAUGUCCUUCCAGGUCUAAAAUACAGUAUCUGUGUUUUCCAAUGUAAUCCAUUCCUGGUUCUAGCAGAUACAGGAUGCUUAAUUGUCAGAGGCUUAGUGCUGUCCAGCUGGCCAUAGAUAAGACUCCGGGCUCCCAGCCAGUUCCAAACAAUUGAUUUACUUGACAAAGUUCAAACGUACAUCUCCAGCGUUUCCAUUAACCUCCUUCCUCUUGUGCGCAGUUGCUCCCACUAAAGUUAUUUCCUUCCUUUUUUUACCCAGCAUGCAAACCUGCGAAGACUCCUCCCCUUACUUCCUCUGUGUACAGCAUGACUUGUCCCAGGCUCACACUCCUCCUCCCCCUCUUCUUCAGACUGACUCUCUGACGACUGGCUGCUGAUAAUCUCUCUAGGCUCCCUAUAACUGCUGAUUUCUGUCCUUUCCUCUUUUCCCGUUUGCCUCUCCCUGACAUCCACCCCCUCCUCAAAGGCCCCCUCCCGCUCAGGAGACCCGACUACGUCCCCUUCUCUUUCCUCAGAGGUGGUCGGGGAGAACCCCUCAAAACUACCCUCUUCCUCAUCUGUCUCUUCGAACACACUCAUCCAACCCCCAAGUCCGGGUGUUCCCCAGUCUACGCCUUCGUCUUCUUCUUCCUCCUCAUCUGACGCUGGGAAACCUUCGAAUUCCUCUUCGUCGUCUGUUGUUUCGAACACCUCUUGUAAGGACCUCACCUUGCCUUUUGGUUUGUCCGGAAAGAAAUUGUGGAACUCCUCUACCAGCUCAUUGUUAGACAUACUAUCUUCCGGGACCCAGGUAUUCUCCGAUGCCGGGGCCCCUUCCCAAGCCACCAAAUAUUCCACCCCUCCCCCUCUCAAACGAGAGUCCAGUAUUUCCGUGACCUCGUUGCACUGCUCCCUUUCCUCCAUUUCGGGUGGUGAGCCUUCCACUCCCCCACUACCCGCUCUCCUUCCCCCCUCCCUGUAGGGGAACAGCAGUGACCUAUGGAACACCGGAUGGAUUCUCAUGCUUUCUGGCAACCUGAGCUUAAACGCCACCGGAUUUAUUUGCUGGAUAACCUCAAAGGGCCCCACCUUCCUGGCCUUGAGUUUCUUACAGCCCCCUUUCCAAGGCAAUCCUUGCGUGGACAACCACACCUUGUCCCCAAUCUUGAUUACCUCCCCUGCUCGUCGAUGUUUGUCGGCUUCCUUCUUGUAUAACUCCUUAGCCCUUUCCAAAUUUAACUGCAGCUGUCUGUGGAUCGCUUCCAUUUCCUCCACAAACUGUUCGGCCGCUGGAACACUCCCCGACUCCUCCCCCCUCCCAGGGAAGGCCCUUGGAUGACGCCCAUGAUUGGCAAAGAACGGUGUCAUCCCUGUGGAUACAUUCUCCGCAUUGUUGUAAGCAAACUCUGCCAGGGCUAGUUUGUCCACCCAAUCGUUCUGCUUCUGACUUACGUAACACCUCAAAUACUGUUGUAAAACAGCAUUCGCCCUCUCCGCUUGCCCAUUGGUCUCGGGGUGUCUCGCCGUUGUAAAGCUCACUUCCACCUGGAGCAGCCCCAUUAGCUUGCGCCAAAAUCGUGAGGUAAAUUGAGCCCCCCGGUCUGACACCACCCUUGCAGGUACCCCAUGUAACCUAAACACGUGCUCUACAAAGAGCCUAGCUGUUUCCUCCGCCGUUGUGGCAUGCGAACAGGGCACGAAAUGGCACAUUUUGGUUAAGUGAUCAACCACCACCAUGACCGCUGUCUUCCCCUUACAUCUGGGCAGAUCAGUGAUAAAAUCUACACCCACCACCUCCCACGGCUUCCCAGGUGUAGGCAAUGGUUCCAGCAAUCCCGCUGGUGCCGCCCUUUCCCCUUUGGCCCUCUGACAUGUGUCACAUCCUCGCACAUAUUCCUUUACAUCCGCUCUCACCCUUGGCCACCAAAAUUCCCUCGUGACCAGUAGCUUGGUCUUAUGCUGUCCAAAAUGCCCCGCCGUACAACUGUCAUGGAGUUGCUUGAGUAUUCGGCCCCGAAGGUCUUUUCCUGGAACAUACAAGGCCCCUUUGUGGUACAGUAACCCCCCUUUCACCUCAAAACCACCCUCGGCACCCCCUCUUCCUCUUAACUCCCCCAUCUUUUGUCUGGCAAAGGCAUCGUCUCUGAGCAUUUGCAUCAGUUCGUCGUCCUUGACCAACGUCCCCCCGCAUAACCAUUUGCUCUCUGGGAAUAUCAGUCUUGCUACAGGUGGUCCUUCCCCCAUCAUAUACUCAGGUUUCCGGGAGAGCGCAUCCGCCCUCACAUUCUGCUCUCCCAGCACGUAUUGGAUCUUGAAGUUGAAGUUGGCAAAGAACUCUGCCCACCUUAUCUGUCUCUGGCACAACACCCGUGCCGUGCGCCAAUACUCCAAGUUUUUAUGGUCAGUGCACACCAAAAUUUGGUGCUUUGCCCCAACCAGGAAAUGCCGCCAUUGUUUAAAAGCAGCCACGAUCGAAAGCAAUUCCUUAUCGUAGAUGGUGUAGUUCUGCUCUGAUUUGUUGAGCUUCCGUGAGAAGAAAGCACACGGACGCCAUUCCCCUUUUCGAUCUGGCUGCAGCAGCACCGCCCCUAUCGCCCGAUCUGACGCAUCUGUUUCCACCCGUAGUGGUUGAGCCGGGUCGACGUGAAUCAGCUGCUCCUCUGAAGCGAAAGCCCUCUUUAGUUUCUCAAAGCCCUCUUGGGCCGCCUGCGUCCACUGAAACUUUUUCUUAACACAGAGACAGUCCGUGAUUGGCACCGUCAGUUCUGCAAAAUUCUUUAUGAAUUUCCUGUAGAAAUUGCUGAAACCCAGGAAACGCUGGACAUCUUUCCUGGUUUUGGGACACUCCCAUUCCACCACUGCCUUCACCUUCCCCGGGUCCAUAGCCAACCCCUGGUCCGACAGCCUGUACCCCAGGAAUUCGACUUGCUUUGCGUGGAACUGACACUUCUCCAGCUUGACCCACAAGCAGUUCUCCUUGAGUUUGCUCAGGACUUGACGUACAUCCUCCACGUGCUGUUUUUUGUCUUCCGAGAACACAAGAAGAUCAUCUAAAAAGCAGACGCAGUUCUUGUAGAGCAAGGGUCCUAACACGUGGUGCAUGAAGGCUUGGAAACAGUGGCUUCCGCACUGCAAACUGAAGGGCAUGACUAAAUAUUCAAAUGCCCCCAUCGGGGUGAACAUGGUGGUCUUCCACUCAUCGCCUUCUCUUACUCUGAUCAGGUUGUAAGCCCCCCGGAGAUCCAGUUUGGUGAAAAUCUUCCCCUUCCGCACCCGUGCCAAAACCUCGUCGAUCCUCAGCAUUGGGAAGGCCACCGGUUCCAUCUGGCUGUUCAAAAUUCUAUAGUCCACCACUAGGCGUCGCUCUUUUGUUGAUCUCUUGUCGACGAAAAACACGGGACUCCCGCCUGCAGCCUUGGACUCCCUGAUAAAACCCCUUCUCAGGUUCUUCUCAAUAAACUCCUUGAGGUCCUUGAGCUCUCCCUCCGACAAGGAAUAGGUUUUUCCCACCGGCAACGUGGCCCCUGGUACCAGGUUGAUCUGACAGUCAUACUGCCGAUGGGGUGGCAACGCAUCCGCCUCUUUCUCGCUGAACACCUCCUGUAGAUGCCUGUAACACGACGGAAUCUCGCUCGUCCCCGCUCUGCAUGCUGCUGCCCUCCUGCCCUCGCUUUGACGAUCUAGCCCUUGGGCUAGGCAGUUCUCCAUGCAGUGCAUUGAGCCAAACGUCAGGGACCAUUGGUGCCAGGAAAGCAUCGGAUCGUGCAACGCCAACCAGCUCAUGCCCAAUAUGAUAGGCGGCCCCGCUAGUGUGGCAACGUGAAAGGCGAUGACCUCAGAGUGUGUGGCCACUCGCAUUCGCAUUGGGGGUGUUCGAUGCGUCACUUCACCCCCCAGCAGUUCUCUCCCAUCAAUUGUUGUCACUUGCAGCGGAAAAUCCAAAGGCCUCAGGUUCAGUUGGUGUCGCACCGCAAACUCCUUGCUGAAAAAGGAGGCUGAGGCCCCAGAAUCAAUUAAUGCCAACUCCUCCACCGUCUGUCCAUUUGGGAGUUCUAGCACCACCUCCAACAUUAUGCUUGCUUUGGGGUGUCCAAGCCGGGGACUUUCUGUGCUGCUCCCGCCUGGCUGUUGCCCCGGUUCCCCACCAGCCAGGCCUCUUCGUUUCCCGAAUGCUGGGGCUCCUCUCCCUCUGCCUGCUGUGUGGCCCCUACCAUUCCCUGCCAGUUACGACGCUCUGGGCACACUCUGGCAAAGUGCCCAGUCUUCUGACACACAAAACACCUUUUUCCCGCUUGCCAGUCUUUUUUUUCCUUCCUGCCAGACCGUUGGGCUUUCGAACUCUCCCGCGCCCUGACUGUGCCUAUCUCCAUAGGCUCCGGCGCUUGUUGACAUUCCGAGGCAGCUGCAGGCAUCUCAGGAAUGCGGUCACCAUGGAAACUCUGCUCUCUGCCUUGCUUCCUUUCCCGCCAUCUGGCUUCUUGUCUCAAACCCGACCCCAGAGCAGCCUUUGUUAAUUCGUCCAUAUUUUUAGGUCGUGGCCCCCUUGCCAGCUCGUCCUUAAUUUCUGGAUUAAGUCCAUUUUUAAAUAUUGCUGUUACUGGGUCCGCCUCUAAAUCCCACCCCAGUUUCUGUACCAGCCUAGCAAACUCAGACCAGUAACUGCGUACGGUGGAUUUGCCUUGUCUCAAAGCCAGCAGCUCCUCCUGCGUUCUGUCAAUUAAACUCUGAUCUGCAUAGAUAAAAUCCAUUGCUUGCCAAAGCUUGGCUUCAUUUCUGAGGGCUUCAUUCCCCGAGGCUAUUAACGGCCUUAUCCAGCUUCGAGCCCCUCCUCCCAGAUGUCUAAUGAUGUGAGCAACCUUUGCUGCAUCGUUCUGAAACUUAUCUCCUUCCAGUUCCAGAAAAUAUUUCAUAUCUGUUUUGAAAUCCAAGUAACUUUACGUGUCUCCCUGGAACCUUUCCACCCACACGCACCUGCCCCCAUCUGCCGAUAGACCACCUUGGGUUCCUCUCUGAGCAGUACGGGCUUCCUCCAAACGGCUCUGCAGGUCUUGGGAUCUUUGUUCCAGAGCGACAUUUCGCUUUUUCAAUUCCAACAGCUCCUUCUCCAUGUCGAAGCUGUUCCCUUAUUCCACCAGCUUUCCAGCAGAAAAAAUAGAGGAGUGGGAGCAAGCUGCCAGAGGCUUAGUGCUGUCCAGCUGGCCAUAGAUAAGACUCCGGGCUCCCAGCCAGUUCCAAACAAUUGAUUUAUUUGACAAAGUUCAAAUGUACAUCUCCAGCGUUUCCAUUAACCUCCUCCCUCUUGUGCGCAGUUGCUCCCACUAAAGUUAUUUCCUUCCUUUUUUUACCCAGCAUGCAAACCUGCGAAGACUCCUCCCCUUACUUCCUCUGUGUACAGCAUGACUUGUCCCAGGCUCACACUCCUCCUCCCCCUCUUCUUCAGACUGACUCUCUGACGACUGGCUGCUGAUAAUCUCUCUAUGCUCCCUAUAACUGCUGAUUUCUGUCCUUUCCUCUUUUCCCGUUUGCCUCUCCCUGACAUUAAUAAUAAAGUUUCAAAUCCAGCAGGGAAAACCUCCUCUCUCUCUUACAUCUGUUAAUAAUUUACUUUUUAUACUUGGUUUCUUCCCUUUCCAGAUAAACCUAGAUAUAUCUCCUUGCCAUUUUUCAAAGCAUCCUGUGUUGCCUAUUGCCGGGACUGAUUGGAAUAAAAAUAACAUUUUUGGCAAUACAUUCAUUUUUAUUACCGAUAUUCUUCCCCAAAAUGAUAAAUCCAUUCUUCCCCAUAUCUCUAAAGCUCUUUUUAUUUCUUUCCACUCAUUCUUGUAAUUGUCUUUAAAACUAUUAAUAUUCUUAGCUGUCAGACAAAUCUCUCAGAAUUUGACUUUGUUAUGUAUAACUAACUGUUUUCUGUUGUAAUUCCUUUUGGCCUUGCUCCAUUGUGCUUUUUACCAAAAACGUAGUCUUAUUCUUGUUUAGUUUAAAGCCUCCGGCCUGCCCGAAGUCCUGUAUCUAUUUUUACUACCUUUGGUGGAGUAUUUAUGGGAUCCUUUACUGUAAUUACAAGGUGAACUAUAGAAGCUUUUAAUUUAUAUGCUUUAUUUUCUACUGUUGUUCCUCUAAUUAAUUUCUCCACUUUUUCUCUCUCGCCAGGGCUUCUAAUACCAAAAUAAAUAAUAAUGGUGAUAGGGGAUAUCCUUGUCUUGUCCCCUUCGUUAUUUUACACUUUUCUUUUAUAACCUUAUUAACAAUCAGCAUAGACUGUUGGUAAAAAUAAAUUGCAUCAAUUCCUCUCCCAAAUGCUUCCCCAAAAUUCAUUUUUUCUUUUAUCUUUUUCAUAAAAGCCCAUGAAACAUUAUCAAAAGCCUUUUCAGCAUCAAUAAACAUUAAGACAGCUUUUUUCUCAUUUCUUACUUCCAAAUAUUCAAUAAUAUCAAUUAUAUUCCUUAUAUUCUCCUUCAUCUGACGUCCUGGUAGAAAGCAGGCCUGCUUGUCAUGAAUUUUUUCUGCUAAAACACCUUUCAUUCUAUUGCCCAAGAUAUGAGCAAUACUCUAAAUGGACUUCUAUCCUACAGGAGUGAUGGCCAACAACUUGGAUAGCUUGAAAAGAGGAUUAGACUGAAAGCAGAGGAAGGCAGGGGGCUCUUGUACUCAAAUACUGCUUGCUGGUUUCCCGCAGGCAUUUAGUUGACAACUGUGAGAACAGGAUGCUGGACUACGUGGGCCUUUGCCCAAAUGAGCAGGCUCUUCUUAUAUUCUAAUACAGGCAUCCCCAAACUUGGCCCUCCAUAUGUUUUGGGACUUGGCCUUCAAGAUGUUUUUGGGACUAAAACUCCCAUCAUCCGUAGCUAACAGGACCAGUGGUCAGGGAUGAUGGGAAUUGUAGUCCCAAAACAUCUGGAGGGCCAAGUUUGGAGAUGCCUGUUCUAAUAUACUGCAAUAUUUUUACAGUUACAUGUGGCAUAGUAACACUAAAGUUUUACUUCUUAGUCAUAGGAGAGAGUGCUACUUGAGCCUGUGAUCAUUUCCUCCCUGGGAAAAGAGAAAUACAGAGAUGUGUCUAAGAUGCCAAUUGCACCAUAGAUUAUAAAAUAAUGCAGUUUAUUAAGUGUGAAUGGAGUUAUUAAGUGUGAAUCAUGUGUUUUUCUUGCCAUUAUCUCACCUGCAUUCCUAAAAGUUUGGAACAUAGAGAGGACAGUGGAGAAAGGAGACGGUGUUAAAAUAAGAGAAGGUGCAUACUGGGAUUGAAAUGUGUUCAGUUCCUUUCUUGUCUUUCCUGAAAGUCUUAACAGGAUUCUCUUCCCCCUCCCCCACUCUCAAACAGGUGAGGAAGAUGAUGGCCAGAAUUCUAUGGAGCCAUCUGUGAAUUCAUUGGGAAGAACAAAGAAACAGUUUAAAUGCAUGGAAUGUGGGAUGUUCUUUAGUCACAGUGGAAGACUGAGGACACAUCAACGAAUUCACACAGGGGAGAAACCAUUUAAAUGUACUGACUAUCGAAAGAGCUUCAGGGACAAUGGAACACUUAGAAAACAUCAACGAACUCACACAGGGGAGAAACCAUUGGAAUGUAUUGAAUGUGGAAAGAGCUUCAAUGAUAGUGGAAACCUUAGACAACAUCAACAAACUCACACGGGGGAGACACCAUUUAAAUGUAUUGAAUGUGGAAAGUGCUUCAGUCAAAAUGGAAAACUUAGAAGACAUCAACAAACUCACACGGAGACACCAUUUAAAUGUAUUGAAUGUGGAAAGUGCUUCAGUCAAAAUGGAAAACUUAGAAGACAUCAACGAACUCACACGGGGGAGACACCAUUUAAAUGUAUUGAAUGUGGAAAGAGCUACAGUCAAUAUGGAACACUUAGAAUACACCAACGAACUCACAUAGGGGAGACACCAUUUGAAUGUAUUAAAUGUGGAAAGAGCUUCAGUCGAAAUGGAACACUUAGAAUACACCAACGAACUCACACAGGGGAGAAACCAUUUAAAUGUAUUGAAUGUGGAAAGAGCUUCAGUCAAAAUGGACACCUUAGAAUACACCAACGAACUCACACGGGGGAGAAACCAUUUAAAUGUAUUGAAUGUGGAAAAAGCUUCAGUCAAAAUGGAACACUUCGAAUACACCAACGAACUCACACAGGGGAGAAACCAUUUAAAUGUAUUGAAUGUGGAAAGAGCUUCAGUCGAAAUGGAACACUUAGAAUACACCAACGAACUCACACAGGGGAGGAACCAUUUGAAUGUAUUGAAUGUGGAAAAAGCUUCAAUGAUAGUGGAAACCUUAGACAACAUCAACAAACUCACACGGGGGAGACACCAUUUAAAUGUUUUGAAUGUGGAAAAAGCUUCAGUCAAAAUGGACACCUUAGAAUACACCAAGUAACUCACACAGGGGAGAAACCAUUUAAAUGUAUUGAAUGUGGAAAGAGCUUCAGUCAAAAUGGAACACUUAGAAUACACCAACGAACUCACACAGGGGAGAAACCAUUUAAAUGUAUUGAAUGUGGAAAGAGCUUCAGUGUAAGUGGAGUCCUUAGAAAACAUCAACGAACUCACACGGGGGAGAAACCAUUUGAAUGUAUUGAAUGUGGAAAGCGCUUUAGUCAAUAUGUACACCUUAGAAAACAUCAACGAACUCACACGGGGGAGAAACCAUUUAAAUGUAUUGAAUGUGGAAAAAGCUUUAGUAGAAGUGAACACCUUAGAAGACACCAACGAACUCACACAGGGGAGAAACCAUUUAAAUGUAUAGAAUGUGGAAAGAGCUUCAGUCGAUAUGGAAGACUUAGAAGACAUCAACAAACUCACACGGGGGAGAAACCAUUUAAAUGUAUUGAAUGUGGAAAAAGCUUCAGUCAAAAUGGACACCUUAGGGAACAUCAACGAACUCACAUGGGGGAGAAACCAUUUAAAUGUAUAGAAUGUGGAAAGAGCUUCAGUCGAUAUGGAACACUUAGAAUACACCAACAAACUCACACGGGGGAGAAACCAUUUAAAUGUAUUGAAUGUGGAAAAGCUUCAGUCAAAAUGGACACCUUAGGGAACAUCAACGAACUCACACAGGGGAUAAACCAUUUAAAUGUAUUGAAUGUGGAAAGAGCUUCAGUCAGAAUGGAACACUUAGAAGACAUCAACAAACUCACACGGGGGAGAAACCAUUUAAAUGUAUUGAAUGUGGAAAGUGCUUCAGUCAAAAUAGAAAACUUAGAGGACAUCAACGAACUCACACGGGGGAGAAACCAUUUAAAUGUAUUGAAUGUGGAAAAAGCUUUAGUAGAAGUGAACACCUUAGAAUACACCAACGAACUCACACGGGGGAGAAACCAUUUAAAUGUAUUGAAUGUGGAAAAAGCUUCAGUCAAAAUGGAACACUUCGAAUACACCAACGAACUCACACAGGGGAGAAACCAUUUGAAUGUAUUGAAUGUGGAAAGAGCUUCAAUAAUAGUGGAAACCUUAGACAACAUCAACAAACUCACACGGGGAGACACCAUUUAAAUGUAUUGAAUGUGGAAAGUGCUUCAGUCAAAAUGGAAAACUUAGAAGACAUCAACGAACUCACACGGGGGAGAAACCAUUUAAAUGUAUUGAAUGUGGAAAGUGCUUCAGUCAAAAUAGAAAACUUAGAGGACAUCAACGAACUCACACGGGGGAGAAACCAUUUAAAUGUAUUGAAUGUGGAAAAAGCUUUAGUAGAAGUGAACACCUUAGAAUACACCAACGAACUCACACGGGGGAGAAACCAUUUAAAUGUAUUGAAUGUGGAAAAAGCUUCAGUCAAAAUGGAACACUUCGAAUACACCAACGAACUCACACAGGGGAGAAACCAUUUGAAUGUAUUGAAUGUGGAAAGAGCUUCAAUAAUAGUGGAAACCUUAGACAACAUCAACAAACUCACACGGGGAGACACCAUUUAAAUGUAUUGAAUGUGGAAAGUGCUUCAGUCAAAAUGGAAAACUUAGAAGACAUCAACGAACUCACACAGGGGAGAAACCAUUUAAAUGUAUUGAAUGUGGAAAGAGCUUCAGUGUAAGUGGAGUCCUUAGAAAACAUCAACGAACUCACACGGGGGAGAAACCAUUUGAAUGUAUUGAAUGUGGAAAGCGCUUUAGUCAAUAUGUACACCUUAGAAAACAUCAACGAACUCACACGGGGGAGAAACCAUUUAAAUGUAUUGAAUGUGGAAAAAGCUUUAGUAGAAGUGAACACCUUAGAAGACACCAACGAACUCACAUGGGGGAGAAACCAUUUAAAUGUAUAGAAUGUGGAAAGAGCUUCAGUCGAUAUGGAAGACUUAGAAGACAUCAACAAACUCACACGGGGGAGAAACCAUUUAAAUGUAUUGAAUGUGGAAAGAGCUUCAGUCAAAAUGGACACCUUAGGGAACAUCAACGAACUCACAUGGGGGAGAAACCAUUUAAAUGUAUAGAAUGUGGAAAGAGCUUCAGUCGAUAUGGAACACUUAGAAUACACCAACAAACUCACACGGGGGAGAAACCAUUUAAAUGUAUUGAAUGUGGAAAAAGCUUCAGUCAAAAUGGACACCUUAGGGAACAUCAACGAACUCACACAGGGGAUAAACCAUUUAAAUGUAUUGAAUGUGGAAAGAGCUUCAGUCAGAAUGGAACACUUAGAAGACAUCAACAAACUCACACGGGGGAGAAACCAUUUAAAUGUAUUGAAUGUGGAAAGUGCUUCAGUCAAAAUAGAAAACUUAGAGGACAUCAACGAACUCACACGGGGGAGAAACCAUUUAAAUGUAUUGAAUGUGGAAAAAGCUUUAGUAGAAGUGAACACCUUAGAAUACACCAACGAACUCACACGGGGGAGAAACCAUUUAAAUGUAUUGAAUGUGGAAAAGCUUCAGUCAAAAUGGAACACUUGAAUACACCAACGAACUCACACACGGGAGAAACCAUUUUAAUGUAUUUAUUGUCGAAAGAGCUUCACUAAAAGAGGAAACCUUAGACAACAUCAACAAAAUCACACGGCUGAGAAACCAUUUAAAUGUAUUGAAUGUGGAAAGUGCUUCAGUCAAAAUGGAAAACUUAGAAGACAUCAACGAACUCACACGGGGGAGAAACCAUUUAAAUGUAUUGAAUGUGGAAAGAGCUUCAGUCAAAAUGGAACACUUAGAAUACACCAACGAACUCACAUAGGGGGGACACCAUUUGAAUGUAUUGAAUGUGGAAAGAGCUUCAGUCCAAAUGGAACACUUAGAAUAGACCAACGAACUCACACAGGGGAGAAACCAUUUAAAUGUAUUGAAUGUGGAAAGAGCUUCAGUGGAAGUGGAGACCUUAGAAAACAUCAACGAACUCACACGGGGGAGAAACCAUUUGAAUGUAUUGAAUGUGGAAAGCGCUUUAGUCAAUAUGUACACCUUAGAAAACAUCAAUGAACUCACACGGGGGAGAAACCAUUUAAAUGUAUUAAAUGUGGAAAUAGCUUUAGUAGAAGUGAGCACCUUAGAAUACACGAAGGAACUCACACGGGGGAAAAACCAUUUAAAUGUAUUGAAUGUGGAAAGUGCUUCAGUCAAAAUGGAACACUUAGAUUACACCAACGAACUCACACGGGGUGGAAACCAUUUAAAUGUAUUGAAUGUGGAAAGAGCUUCAGUCGAUAUGGACACCUUAGAAGACACCAACGAACUCACAUGGGGGAGAAACCAUUUAAAUGUACUAAAUAUGGAAAGAGCUUCCAUCCAUAUAGACACCUUAUAGGACACCAACUAACACAUGGGGAAGAAACAAUUUUAAUGUAUGGCAUGUGGAAGGAGCUGCAGCAAAAGUAG